AUGCGCGCCAUUGAGGGCCUGGGCGUCGACACUGAGCUCAUCCAGCUGAUUCUGCCCUUCACACACGGCCUGGAGCCCAUGGUCUCGGUUACCAUUGACCGAGACGAGAGAGUGCUCAAGAGCCGAGUCAAUGUCGGUGAAAUGUACUACGAUAACUACGAGACCAUCAAGGGCGCUUUUGCCGAGCUAUAUGGCUCUCUGACUCCCCAGGAACGGGAGUAUCUCAAUGUCAAGCCCGAGUUCAACGACUACACCAAGGCUGACGAGCUGUGUGACUUUGACGUGCGACACAUGUUGCGACAGGCGUUUUCCAAAAAACAGAUUCGACAACUUCUUUCCAUUCUCUCGGGUCUUAUUCUGCUCAUCCACGACCAGGAUGACCUGGAAGCCUGUUCUCUGAUCGAAAUCGAUCCCCAUGUUCUUCAGGACGCGGGCAUGACUCGACAACAGGUUAUUUACGCCAUCUACGACAAACUGCUGCGUUUUAUUGUGGGAUCGAUAAAUGCCAAGCUGUCCCAGGGUACCACAAACUCGUCUUCGGCUUCCAUUCACUCGGGAGACACUCUCAACGACGCUGACGACUCCAUCGCUGCUGUGGUCCACUUUCUGUCCAUUACCAAAUCAUCUUCGCUUGUGAGACAACAAAUGUUCGACGUGAACCAGGGUAUCAAUGCCGAGAUGGUUGGCGACGGACUCAAACUUAAGUCUUCUCCUGAACUUUUUGGAGAACUGUCUCUGCAUAGACCUGUUGAUAUCUCCGACAUCACAUCCUUCACACAGUCUCAUUUACUUACCAAGGAGGCACGAAAGGCCUACUCUCUGCCAGAUCUGUUUGCCUCCUCUCGUCUGUGGACCGUAUUCACCCGAGACCAUCCCCCCAUCGACUCCUGGAACGCCUUCAAGCAGGGCAACAACUUCACCACCGACUUUGAUCAUGAGGAGUUUGUCGAUCGGUACUACGAUGCAUACCCGUCGCUACAGUCUAUUCUGCCCCUGGACGUCUGCGAGCAUCCUCUGAGUUACUAUAUUGGACUAUGGGCUCGAAACAACGUCGGAUCUGCUUCUGAGAUCUACGUCGGUCGAGACCGAGUCUGGAUCAGCGAGAACACCUACCGAAAACUCGAAGCCAAGUACGCGGAGUUCUCUCAGACCACUCCUGUGCAAGAGCAGGGUGAAUGGGCUGCUCAGGGCGGUGACGAGAAGGCUAUGCUUGAGAGUCACUCUCAUGAGCUCCAUUACGAUGACAAGGAGAUUGUAGACGAAUCUCUGCUCAAGGAUGUGGAUCCGGAGCUUGGUGAAAAUGUUCAUGUUGAAGAGCAGACGCGACAGCGACGGGUGUGGAUGACUAUUGUCUGGGCCAUGACCUGGUGGGUACCUUCUGGAUUCCUCCAUCAUCUUGGACGACUCAAGCGAAAGGAAGAACGGAUUGCAUGGAGAGAAAAGUUUGCCAUUUUCGUGCUCAUCUUCUUCCUCAACUGUGUCGUCAUUUUCUACAUGAUCUUUCUCGGUCGAAUUCUGUGUCCUGAUUUCGAUAAAGCAUGGACAGCCAAGGAGGUGGGAUACCACCAAGGAGAAGACGACUUUUUUGUGUCCAUCCAGGGAAAAGUCUACGAUAUCACCAAGUUCUACAGACAGCAGCAUUCUGAUACCUCCAUCACCACCUCUGCCGCCAACAUGAUUCCCUUUGCUGGCCAGGACAUGACCUCGUACUUCCCCAAUCCUCUGACCAGUGCCUGUCAGGGUCUUGUUGACGACCCUACCGUGUGGCUGGCUUCCAACAACACCAUCUACGACCCUACUGCCAUUCACUACUCUGGAGACUACAAGACCUCUGAUACUGGAUCUGCUCUGUACAACCUCACCUGGUACAAUGAUGUUUUCCAGCCCAGCAUCGCUCAGUACUACAAGGGUCCUCUGGUUGCCAAGAGCAAGGAGCUCAAGGAGAAUGGAGAAAAGGGCUGGAACAAGUGGGUUGUUAUCGACGGCUCCAUCUAUGACCUGACCAACUACUUUUACACUCUCGACCAGGUCGAGGGUUACCCCAACAAGGACGCCUACGACUUUUUGCACAAGGAUGUCAAGGCAAUGGUUGAUGAUAAUGCCGGCCAGGAUGUUACUGACAUCUGGAAGCGGAUGGAUCUCAAGCCGUCCGAGCGAGUUCAGAACAUGGAGUGUCUCAAGAACGCCUUCUAUGCCGGUAAACCUGACUUCCGACAGUCUGCCCGAUGCCAGGUGUCCAAUUACAUUCUGCUGGUUGUUGCUAUUCUUCUGUGUUCCGUUGUUCUCAUCAAGUUCCUCGCUGCCAUGCAACUCGGUUCUCUAGCUACCCCCGACACUCAAAACAAGUACGUUGUGUGCCAUGUCCCUGCUUACACUGAGGACGAGGAGGCUCUGCGACGAGCCAUUGACUCCAUUGCUGCUCUCGAGUACCCUGAUUCUCGAAAGCUGCUGCUUGUUGUUUGUGACGGUAUGAUUGUUGGACAGGGUAACGACCAGACCACUCCUCAGAUUGUGCUUGAUAUUGUUGGCCAUGAUCCUCGAGCUGCUUCCGAAGUCAUUCCUUACGCCUUUGAGUCCAUCGGCGAUGGUGCUGCUCGUCUUAACUACGGUAAAGUGUACUCUGGUCUCUACCACUACGAUGGCCGAAACAUCCCCUAUUGCAUAGUUGUGAAGGUCGGUAAGGAGUCAGAGACUUCCAAGCCCGGAAACCGAGGUAAGCGAGACUCCCAGGUUCUGCUCAUGCGGUUCUUCAACCGAGUUGCUUCCAACGGAGCCAUGAAUCCCCUGGAGCUCGAAAUGUUCCAUCAUAUUGGUAACGUGAUUGGAGUGGACCCCGGAGCCUACGAGUACAUGUUCAUGGUGGAUGCCGACACGCGUGUCAAGGAGGACUCUCUCAACUUCCUCGUGGCAGACUGUGUUUCUGACGUCAACGUGGUGGGUAUCUGUGGAGAGACCGCUCUUCAGAACGAGAACCAGUCCAUCUGGACCAUGGUCCAGGUCUACGAGUAUUUCAUUUCUCACCACCUGUCCAAGGCUUUCGAGUCUCUGUUUGGUUCUGUUACUUGUCUGCCCGGUUGUUUCUCCAUGUACCGACUCAAGAAUCUGAUUGAUAACCGGGUUCUGGAGGAGUACUCCACCAACAAGGUCAACACUCUGCACAUGAAGAACUUGCUUUCUCUUGGAGAAGAUAGAUUCCUGACCACCCUCAUGACUAAGCGAUGGCCUAAAAUGCGAUUCACCUUCUGCCGAGGAGCCAUGGCUUACACCACUGCUCCUGACUCCUUCUCCGUACUGGUUUCUCAACGACGAAGAUGGAUCAACUCCACUGUUCAUAACCUGGUUGAGCUUCUGCGAAUCAACUCCAUGUGUGGUUUCUGUUUCUUUGGCAUGCGUUUCAUUGUCUUUAUUGAUCUCGCAGGCACCCUAAUGCUGCCCUCUGUAUGUGUCUACCUCGCCUACCUCAUCUACGUGAUUGCCGCCCACGCCGGAGCCUUCCCCCUGGUCUCGGUCAUCAUGUUUGCGGCCGUCUACGGUCUGCAGGCCAUCAUCUACAUCAUCAAGCAGGAAUGGCAGCAUAUUUUCUGGAUGAUCAUCUACAUUUGCGCCUACCCCUUCCACUCUUUCCUUCUUCCCAUCUAUUCCUUCUGGAAAAUGAACGACUUCUCGUGGGGUAACACCCGAAUCGUGGUCGAGAAGGACGGUAAACAGCUCGUCCAGAGCGAUAUUCCCCGUCUGUCUGACAAGGAGUUCAACGCCCUAUGCCCCCUGGAUACCUGGGAGUCCCAUGCGCUUCGCAACAACCUCCCCAUCUUCGCACCCGAUGAUACAGCCACUGUAUACAACGAAGACUACCUUGACCAGCCGGCUUACACCCCCCGGGCUUCAACCUUCUAUACCAACACCAUGACCAACACUAUGCGAAGCAACCGAAUGUCGUUGUUGGAGCAGCAGGAGCAGCUCAUCGAGCACCGUCGCAACCGCUUCUCUCAGCUUGGAGACAGACACAACUCCAUGCAGUCGGGCUUCACCGGUUUCUAA